AUGGACAACGUUCCUCCAGUCAUCGACUCCACGUUUCCACCAUCAGGAUGGGCUCGUAUUGAAUUAGAACCGGUGGAUAUUCCACUGGAACAGGAUGAUUCCAUACUUUUAUCAGCCAUACAGUCUGUUAUACCUGGAGCACAUGGACUUUACUAUAAGGAUGAAGAUUGCAAGAAGGCCUUAAAAUAUAAUGGCACAACUGGCUGUAUAUUAAAAGGUCCACCAGGAUGGAAUUCUAAGCCUAUUUAUGUCACACUUGGUUUGCCUUAUUUUCGCAUUUUUAAAUAA